AUGAAAAAAAAAUAAUAAUACCCAUCAUAACAAUUAUGUUAAACACCAAAAUCAAAACAUUUAAUCUAAACAAUUACAUCCCCCCAUUCAAAUUCGAAUUCUUUUUCAUAAAUAUUUUAAUCUUAUUAUCCAAGUACUCCUGCUAAUAAAGUAAAUCAAUAAAAGUAUAUAUGAAAUAUUCAAUUUAGAAAAGAUUAGGUCUGUUAAAUAAUGGAAAAAGGUGUAACUAAGUAUGCAGUUGUUACUUAAGUGACAUUUAAUUCUACCACUGAAUUAUAAUCUUUGUCACUUUAAGAACAUUUUGCUCAAUUUUAAGUUUAUGAUAAGAGAAAUAAAAUUGUUUAUAAUGAAUAUAGUCUAUUAAAUCUAAAAUCAUUGUCAACAAUAUUAAAUAAAACACAAAUAUUUUAUACAUUAACUAAUGUCUUUUAAGAAUAUAAAAAUAAUGCGAAUAAUUAUUUUAUGAUUUCAAAUACUCUAUUUUUGGCAUUUUUUUCACAUUCCAAUUAGAAAGUACCUUAUUGUCUUUUUAUAACAAGACAAGAUGCUUUAAAUAUAUAACUAUAAAAAUCAUAGUUUUUAGAAUAGAAACACAUAGAAUAUAUUUUUUUAGGUAUAGAAACUCCAUUAUCAGUGUUGUUUCCCACAAAUCCAACUUAAUUCCCUACUAAAUACACCUUAUCAUUAAUAUAGAGAAAAUAUAUUUUAUACUUAUUCAAUAAAGUCUAUAAUUUAAUAUUUUUUAUUUAAAAUUUACAUAGGUCACUUUUAAUAAGUACUUUGACCUUAUUUUUGUUCGCUUAAUAUUAAAUUAAAAAUAAAAUAAAAGUUUAAAGAAACCUUUUGUAUUAUACUUAAUAUUGGAAUAGAAAAAGAGAUAAUUGAUGUAGCUGCAAAUUUUACAUUUAAUAAUUCUUAUUUUAAUAAUAUCCAAACUUAUAAUGGAGUUGAUUAAGUUGAAAAUGAAACAUAAAAUUUAUUUGAAUAUAAUACAGAGUACAAAAUAUCAUUUGAGGGAUUGUUUAACAUUUAACAAAUUAUAAAUCUAAAAAAUCAACUUUAAAAGAGUACUCCAGAUAUAGUAGUUUCUGACAUCAAAUUAAAUUCAUUAACAACUCUAAUUAAUGAUAAUUUACUUUAAUAGAUAAAUAAUAAAUUAUAAUGA